UGUUCUGUUGGGAUGGAGGGGCUGCCGCUCACCGCCCUGGCUCUUUGUCUCUUCAUAUCUACAGGGCAGAAUUUUAACAUCCACACAGAGCACAGCCGGAUCAAUGCCACCGUCGGCGGCGACGCUUUAUUUUCAGUGCGGCCGUCAGCUGCGCUUAAGUCUGGGAACUGGGCUUUUGGAGGGAAGACUAUCGCCACGUGGAUCGGUAGAUUGACGGAUUUCCAUAAUGCGUACCGGUCACGGGCUAAGUUACUCCCCAACGGGUCGCUCCGCCUGAAGUCUGUGCAAGUUACAGACAGCGGGGUUUACCGUGUGACCAUGAUUCCACUCUUUGGCUCUCAAAGAACAACGACAAUCACUUUGUGGGUAUCUGAGAGGGCGUCCGAAGUCACGGUGUCGACCAACAAUUCAACUCCAGUAGAAAACGGCGAUACCAUUGAACUGACUUGUCACGCUCGAGGCACUGUGCAGACACGGACAUGGUUGAAGAAUAACCAGACAAUCCCGGAAAAUGGUAGAAUAUUUACAUCUCCAGGCAAAGCCACACUGACUAUAACCAGUCUUAACAGAAAUGACUCAGGGACAUACAAGUGCGUCGUUAAUGAGGAUUUCAACAGCCCCGCUGGAGAGAUCUACGUGCAAGUUUACUAUGGACCAGAGAAGAUAAGAAUUCUGCCGCAGGCUCCAUUUGUGGCAAUUCCUGGGUCGAAUCUGACAUUAACUUGCUUUGCACUGUCCUUUCCAAGAGGUGAUUAUGCAUGGUACAACGGGAGCAAUAAGCUACAAACUGGGCAGCAGUAUACCAUCGAGUCAGUAAGCUCAGUUGACAGUGGGAAUUAUACAUGUCAGGUUAUCAACAGCGUAACCAAAAGGAGCAGUAAUCUCACUGUCCAUGUUACCACGCAAGAUGUCAGUAAUACCUUAAACCCUGGCGCCAUCGCAGGAAUAGUGGUUCGUUUACUUUUGGGUCUGUUCUGCGGCAUCAGUGUUUGGUUGAUUGCAAGAAACACAGACAGGGUGAAAGGUCCACCACAGGCGAAAUAUGACAUGAGCAUCACUUCAGGAGGAAAGAGCGCCUUGGCUGCAAACGCCGCGAACGCAUUGCAGACGUAUGAAAAUUUUCCAAGUGAUGAACAGAAUGUAAGUUCGAGUGCGCCAGAUGGAAACUCCAUUUAUAUGAUGACGUCACUGGUGACUAAGAUGGUUGUUUCCUGAAUGGCGACGGCAGAAGUCAACCGAUCGAGGAAGAUGCCACUGUGAAAUACGUCUCUCACAUUUCUUUUACAACUGUUUUCCAUGUCCCCUCCCCCCAGAUGCCUCCCGAGUGUCACAUCCUCACAACGGAGACAUCCCUGAGGAUUGA